GAGUCAAAAAACAAGAAAUAUAUCUCCAAUAGCAAGAGUGUGCUCAAAAGUGAAAUUGAUGUCUUGGAAAAUAGAGACGUCAUUUUGCUAUAUGAAACUAAUGAGGAGUUAACUUAUCUUUCUCUCCUGCACAGAGAAGAUCACAACAAUGGGCAGGACUCAUCUGUAGAAUAUGAAGUCACAACUCCAUUGAAAAUUGGCCAAGUUUUUGAGCAUGUGCAGGACAUGUUUUCAGCUAAGUGGAAUCUCAUGAAGGAUCUGUCUGGUUCACCUGAUCAUACUACAACUAAAGAAAUGGAAUCUGCUACUACUGAAAGUAAGGGAAAGGCUAAGAUUGGAGAGAAACAAGAUUUUGGAAGUACUACGAACAAUAAAGUCGUGGCCCAAUAUGAAGUUGAAGCA